CCUAUCUAGCUAGCUAAAGUUUAAGAAAAAAAUUAUGGUUGGAAUUCAAAACUUCCAGAGAACAGAGAGGUCAGAUGGCCUCGCCAACGUCCUCGCCAUCGGCACCGCUAAUCCUCCUAACAUCAUCGAACAAAGCACUUUCGCGGACUAUUAUUUUCGUGUCACAAACAGCGAACAUAAAGUCGAACUCAAAGAAAAAUUCCGUCGUGUUUGUGCAAGAACUACUGUGAAAAAGAGAUACACAUAUGUCACUGAGGAAGUCUUGAAGGAAAACCCUAAUAUGAUCCCUUACAACGCACCAUCACUGGACGCCAGGCAAGAAAUAGUGAUCAGUGCUGUGCCAAAGUUGGGGAAAGAAGCAGCUGAGAAGGCGCUCGAAGAAUGGGGCCGGCCACGGUCGGAGAUCACACACUUGAUCUUCUGCGCUAUGGUCGGUGUGGACAUGCCCGGAGCUGACUACCAACUACUCAACCUUCUGAACCUCAAGCCUAACGUGAAACGGAGCAUGUUCUAUCAACUCGGUUGCUACGCCGGCGGCACAGUGCUCCGGCUGGCCAAAGACAUCGCCGAGAACAACAAGAACGCACGCAUACUCGUCGUCUGUGCAGAAGUCAUGGCUUUAACUUUCCGAGGCCCUGAGGAGGCUCACUUUGAUAACCUCAUCGGUCAAGCCAUCUUUGGUGAUGGUGCGGCAGCUCUCGUCAUCGGAGCUGAUCCAAUAGAGAAUGUUGAAAAGCCAGUGUUCGAGCUGGCGUCUGCUAGUCAAGUGGUUUUACCAGAUAGUGAUGGAGCAGUUGAAGGGCAUCUAAUUGAAUCUGGUUUAACUUUUCAUCUUCUUAAUAAACUUCCAAACAUUGUGGCUAAGAACCUGGAAAUGAGUUUGGCUGAAGUUUUUGAGCCAUUGGGGAUCUCCGACUGGGAUGAGUUGUUUUAUAUUGUGCAUCCCGGAGGGCCGGCGAUCUUGGACAAGGCUGAGGAGCAGUUGAAGUUGAAGGAAGGGAAGCUGAGAGCUACAAGGCAUGUGUUGAGUGAGUUUGGGAACAUGUCUAGUGCUACAGUCCUGUUUAUCAUGGACGAGAUGCGGCGGCGCUCGGCGGAGGAGAAGAAGGGGACGACAGGAGAAGGACGGGAAUGGGGCGUGCUCUUUGGGCUUGGCCCUGGGCUCACUAUGGAGAUGGUGAUGCUGAGAGGUGUUGCUCUUUAGGGUUUGCAUGCUUUCCACUGCUCUGCAUGCAUGGCAUAUUCUGCAAAUAACGUGAUGCUUGAAUAACUUGUUAUUAUAAUUAUUAUUAUU